CGCAAUCAAGACCAAUCAGUACUCUAGUUUGAGCAUCACAGUGCUUUUGUAAGAGUACAUGUAUCUGUUUAACUGUGUCCUUGCAUUUAUAUGUACUGUAUGUGUAAGAGAUGAGGAUGCAGACAAAGAAAAUGACAUAACCAUCCUCUCAUUUCACACAUACACUGACUCACCGCUGAUCCUUGUUGCUAUGGUUAUUUGGAGUAGGUUGCCAAGUGAGGAUGGUUCCGUCAUCAGCAGCGAAUCAGUGAAAGAGGUCUCGGGAAAGGGCUUGAAUGUGCAAAAAGCCACAGCACAGCAGAAACUUACGAAGGAGGAGACGAGGAAGAGUAAUGGGCAUUAUGAUAGUUCUUCAGGAUCACUUCAGCUUAUUUCUAUAAAACCAAUGGCAGCUCCACCCACCUACUCGCACCCUGCAUCUUCCGACCGCAGCCAGGACUCUGCUGUAUUCAAUGGAGAGGUGAAUUUGGCUCUGAAACAGAAGUCAGACAUUGAGCACUACAGGAAUAAGCUUAGACUGAAGGCCAAGAAGAAGGGAUACUAUGACUUCCCUUCUGCUGAGGGGAAAGGUAGCACUAAAAACCUGAGUCAGCGACACAAGUACAGCCACGACAGGCUUCCACACCCACACAGCAUAGCUCAGGAACCGGAAGAUGACAGGGGCUCCACGUAUGUGAAGUAUCACAGGAGACCCUCUCAGUUGAGUCACCCCACAAAUCGCAGCAGACAGUCUCUAAACAGUCCUGGAGGAACAGAGAUGGAUCUUCUGGUCAUGAGAGAGAGACCCAGAAAGGGGAUCCGUAACAGUGGCUAUGAUACUGAGCCAGAGAUAAUUGAAGAGACUGAUGUUGACCGAGUGGUGGGCCGCCAUUAUUUUGGCUGUGGUCGACAAAUCAAAGGUCAAUCUGAGACAUCAACACUGAGUUCCCAGCCUUCCAUAGAUGAGGUUCGCCAGCAGAUGCAUCUGCUGCUAGAAGAAGCCUUUAGUUUAGCUUCAGCUGGUCACUCCACUUCCAGCAGACACCAUCACUCCCACCAUCAGCAUCCAUCACUGGGUCCCUAUGGCUUAGGUCCAGUCAUCCCGUACUCAGAGGUGGUGACCAGUGCACCAGGCAUUACAAGUCAAGGGCAGGGAGGCCUACAGUGGGUGCCAGCCUAUAGACCAGACCCUUACCAGUGCAGCCUGGCCAAACAGGCAUUCAGGUUCACUCAGCUUCCUGAAAUGGCUCUUGGGUCACCUCCACCCCCUGUCCCACCAAGAACAGGCCCUCCUCCUGAGUCAUCUCUGCAGCGGUCAUCUUCUGAACUUGAUCCGAAGGAUCAUUGCUCUGAGUCGUCAGUGCCGCGUCAGCAUGACAGCGCCCCCUACAAACCAAAAGCCAGGGCGCCACUCCCACCUAUCACUACUGAGCCCAUUCCCAACCACUCAGGAAACCCCAUGACAGCAGUGUACGCCAUCCCAGCCACUCGUCCAGGAUACACAGGAUAUUUCAUCUCCACGCCACCCUCCUCCUACCACAGCCCAUCCUGGAUGUCUUAUCCCCCUGAACCCGAGGAUGUGCCUCCUCAGUGGGCUGAAUCUAUGCCCCUACCAGGCUACGCAGAGGCCUUUCCUCAUCCUCAUUAUCCUCAGGGCAGCCCUCUCCUGUGGCACCACCGCCAAGCUAUUCAGGGUGGUCUAGACAAUCCACCCUCCUCCUCCACUGCAGUGUCCCAGCAGAGUCUCGCAGAGCCCGGAGAUCCGAUCAGCCCUGACACCCCCCUCAGUAGCCUUUCCACUUCAGCCCUAGUCAAAGCCAUCCGUGAUGAGGUGGCCAAACUGGCCAAGAAGCAAGCAGACAUGUUUGAGUUCCAGGUGUAGAACAUUCUGGUAGAACAUUCCAUGAAUUCACCAGCUGCACUGAGAAUGAAUAGCAUAAUACAUUUACAACUUCAGAUUUCACUGGAUUAAGUCAUAUUUCACUGGAUACUUUUUUCCCCCUUUCAGUGAAACACCUGCUUGCUUUUUAAUAAAGUUUUUGUGUGGUUCUUUUUGCCAUUGUACUAUAACAUCAAUAUGUAAUUAAACAUUUGCUUUAUUGUAGUGUAACAUUAAUAUGUAUUUAAAGUUUUUAUUUAAUGGGACAGUAUGGAAAUCUAUAGUUUUCUCAUUUUAGCUGUGUUGUAUUUUAUGAAACCUGGCAUGGUAAUUAAAGUCCACCUACAAUUAAAAAUUAAUGUCGUUAAUUAUACACCCUCAUGUUGUUCAAAACCCAUAAUGAAGCAUAAACGAAGAUAUUUUUUAUAUGCUCCUUUGUACAUCCAUUGAAUGUCCAGUCACCCAAAAUUGGCAAGCUUUAAAAAGUUCAUAAAUACAUGGUAAAAGAAACCCGUAUGAUCCAAAUCUCUGAAGAGACGCUAAAGAGAUUGCUAUAUAUUAAGAACAGAUUUAAUUUAUGCUUUUGUUAACAUAUGAGCAGUUAUCAGUGCACAUUCAUAUAGCACACAUGCACAAGCACAUUAAAGCUUCUUCAACCUUGGUAAGGUUACUCACAUUUCAAGAGUCAAGCAAGUACUGUACGUUUGACAAAAAUGACGAUAGAAUAUUAUUAUCUUCAAUUAUGUUCUAAAGACAAGCAAAAGUAUUGGUUUUGUAACAAUGUGAAGGUAUACAAAUUAAUUGUGAAUAUUAUUAUCAUUUUUUUUUCUCUACUAUCUAAAGUAGAAACACACUGAACAGUUUUUAAACAACUAACAGUCAUUUCCAAAGCUCGAUAAGUCAAGUCAACUGGGUGCAAUUUAUAAUGAAAUACAAUUCAUAGCAAUAAAUUCAUAUAUGGUUUUGUGCCUGCAGAAGCCCUAAGAUUUAAAUUUAAACCAAUUUUUUUUUUUUUUUUUGUUAACUGAAAGUGAUGCUACUGUACAUGUUGGACACUUCCCAUGUAGAUAUCCUUGUGUGGGCAUACGUAGGGUGAACUAACAGUUUAACACUACAUCCUAUUGAGUAGUUUGUGCAUCUAUGCUGGCUACAUGACCUGCCCAGAAACCUUAGUGGCACCCGUGCCGUCACAGUCUUGUUUUCAUUCAUGUAAAAACAAAAAUGUCUUCUACCUUGAAUAAGGCCCAUGGCAGCAAACUUUUAAGUGCUUAAUUAAUUUGCAUAUUCAACAGAAGGAAUGUGUUAUGCUUUAAUAGCUUGAGAUAUAACAAUACACCCUGUAAAAUUGUUCUGUUAAAGGUGCUAAUAUAGGUGUACUGCUUCGUCAUUGGUGGAGUGAAAUAUAAAAGAGCUUUAUGAUGAUCACGUGAAUGAGUCACAUUAUUUAAAAAAAAAAAAAAAAAAAAGUAUACACAUCUGCUUUAUAUCCAUAUGCCAACACAAUUUACUUUAGAUCAAUGUUUGAUUAGUUUAUUAGUCAAUUAUGCAUAGAUCAAAAUUACACAUACAUUUUUUUACUUUAAGUCUGAUAAAUUUUUGAAAAAGUACACAUAAGUUACUUAUGAUAACUGUCAUCUCAAAGAUGUUCCAGUAUUUUCAUUGCCAACUUGGCCCAUGUCAUCUGCCAAAAUAAAACUAUUAAUUUUAGCAAUUAACUAUUAAUUAGCUUGAGCAUGUUGUGUACCAUGAAGUGGCUAAUGAAAACAGAAGUGUUGAUGGUUUUUGUGAUUUACUGUAAAUUGAGUUUUAUAAAAUGUAUGUAUAAGCAGUUUGCCCUGAAGGGGCAACAGUAAUGCAUCACACUUGUAUAACGUACAUUUUAAUAACUAGGUUUGUUUUUAAUUGUAUUCAUUUAUUUAUUUUUUACAUACAAUCCCUACAUUCUCUCCCAAACAUUUCUUCAACUGAAAACAUUUAAAUGUUUAAAAUGUGGUCAAUUUUGUAACAUAUAAUAAUGUAAAAACACUGUAAUGUCUUAUUAUUGUUUACAUUUAUUUGUUUAUUUUUAAUAAUUGUUCAGAGGCAGCUUGAAAAAGUAAAAUACAGUUUACUCACAUGACUUAAACACACAAAUGUAAAAAAUACUAUAUAAACAGUGAAAAUGAACUUUGAAAUAUGGUGAUUGCUGUCGGCUGCAUGAAGUUACUAUAUUCCCAAUAAGAUCUGGUGAUUACACUCAAAUCCUUUGCACAUGCCAUUGUCAUUUAUUAUUAUUAUUAUUAUUAUUAUUAUUAUUAUUAUUAUUAUUAUUAUUUAUUUCCAUAUGUUUAGUUUGUUGAUAUAAGUUGAUAUAAAACCAAUGUAUUGCCAUUAAUUUUCAUUUUGAACCACAUAUCUAAUAAAGCACUAUCAAAAAGUGUGUUUGAGCCAUUUCCAACAAGACAUUUUGCAAUAAAACAUAACAGAAUGAAAAA